AUGCGCCUUGCGCAACUCUGUGAGUGGCCCAGGGCCAAAGCGCCUGUGCUGGAGACCGAGACGGCGGCAUCGUUUUUGGAAGUGCCGAGGCGGUCCAGGUGCUCUGCAGCCGCCUCCUUCCUGGAUGUGCAGGUGCGAAGGGCCCCGUCGCGGGCCGCUUCUUUCUUCCAGGAGAGGGAGGCGGUUGCGGCAAAGGGCCAAGGGCGAAGGGUGCUGCUUGUGCCGCUCGUGGUUGCGUACCCGGCACCUCGCCGCACCCAGAGCGUUGAGGAUGCCAGCUUUGAGGACUGUGUGGAGCCCAGGCGGGUGUAUCGGCACCUGGGCGCCUAUGGGAUCUUCCUGGACCUCAGCCUCUUCGGAAGCUCCGGGUGCUGGCAGAACGACUGCAGGAGCACCGACAAGUUCCACUGUCAGGAUCAGGCAGUUUGUGCCCGCGCCUGCCGGGAGGUGCAGGAGUGCACCCACUGGUCCUUUGGCGAGGGCUCCUGCUUCCUGAGGAAGUCCGACGGAGGCAUGGAGCACGCUGCCGGCUUCUCCUCUGGCAACAAGGCCUGCGCGCCUCCGCCGCUGAGCAGCGCCUGGCUGGCGCAGCGCGCCGCGGAUCUGCCGCAGCUGCGGGCAUGCGAGAGCUCGGCGACGCGCGGGUGUGACCUCGCGCGCGCCAUGACCACCUGGCGCUUCGCCAUUGCCGCGGUGCGCCGAGCCACGGAGGGCAAGCUGGACGCGGCGACGCAGGCCAUUGUCAAUCAGAUCUCCCAGGACACCGACGCCUUUCUUCAGCAGCUGCAUGAGGACAACUUUGCGCCCGUGGUGAUCAACAACCGCCUGGUCUUUGAUGCGCUGCAAGGCUUCCUGGCUUCGCAGCCUUCGCCUUCGGAGCAGGACUUGGAGAUGCCAGGACUGCCAGCACCCGUGCUGGGCAAUCUGUGCGGGCCCAGUUCGUGCUACUGA